AUGGGGAGCGCCCUCUCGAACCAGCGGGAGAGCCAGCGCAUCAGCGAGCCCGCCGAGCUCACCGCGAAUGGGCUCCCUGAGCAAAUCAGCCAGUCCAUUGCGGUGCUCGCCGAGACGGCCGGCGAGUGGCAUGCGAUGCCAGAUGAGGAGAGGGCGGCGGUCGUGCGCGAGUGCCGCGCUCGGCUGGCGACGCUGCCAAUGGAUUGGGUGGCGGAUAACAUGCGCUGCCUCGGCCUCGAUCCGUCGCAGCGCGACGCCUACAACACCGCCGGCUUCGACCCCUUCCUCUUUGUCGCCACCGCGGCGGCACGCAUGGACAAGCUGGCAGACGGGCUUGAGGGUAAGCUGAGCGCGACGGUGGAACGGCAGCUCCCCGAGGAGGGGCCGUGCGUCUAUCAGAUGGGCAUGCUCGGCUCCGGCGCGCCUGGAGUCGAGCUCGAGCUCUGGGCGGCGGCAGAGGGCGGCGAGCCCGAGCCGUCCUCUGCAGACGCGGCUGGGGUCGGUGUCGUUCUCGGCGCCGGCAACCAGAAUUUCCUCACGCUGGUGGACGUUCUAGAGCUCGCGGCCGUGCACAAGAAGGCAGUGCUGCUGAAGCACCACCCGCUCCGCCACUUUAUGACGGCGCCCUUCCAGCACAUCCUGGACCCGCUCGCCGAAGCAGGCGCCUUUGCGCAGUGUACGGACGCGCAGCUGGGCCGCGCACACGCCGCGCUGUUGACGCACCCGGCCGUGACGCACGUGCACAUGACCGGCAGUGGCGCAACACACGACCGCGUCCGUGCCGCGCUGGCAGAGACGGGCCGCACGGACUCGGUCCUGUUCACGUCAGAGCUCGGCGUGACGGCGAAUCGCACGCUCACAAUCGUGCAGAGCGGGCAGUGGGAGGAUGCACAGAUCGAGGCACACGCCCAGAUGCUCGCCGCGGCCGUCAACCUUUCUCCCAAGCUCCUCGUGCUGCCGGACGAGGCUGUGUGGCCACAGCGCCCGGAAUUUUUGGCGGCGCUACGCGCGCAGCUCGCGUCGAUGCCGCAGCCUCCGCCCUACUAUCCCGGCGCGCACCAGCGCUACGCCGCGUUUCAGAACGAGUAUCCCGAGGCGGAGACGAUCGAGGCGCCCCCCUCGCAGCCCGAGGGGCUCGAGUCGGCCGUCUACGAGUCCCUCGGGCAAGACAUUUCGCCGCUGCACACCCUCCUCGUCGAUGCGGGAGUGCUCGGCGACAAGGCUGCAAACACGUACGCCAUCCAGACAGAGGCUUCGCGCCGCAAGGUGGGGACCCGCGCCCGCAUCCACCGCGCUCGUGAGGUGCUGCCUCAUGUCUUCCUUAGGCCUUCGCGCCGCAACGUCAUUUGGCCGGACGAGCGCAGCGCCGCGCUGGACGAGAUGGUGCGCCUCCUCGAAUACGGCUGCGUCUCGGUCAACUGCUGGGCCGCGCUCUCGUACAGCAACGCGCUCGGCGUUUGGGGCGGCGCCCCCGGGUCGUACCAACCCGCUGCGCCAAUGAGCGGCUUGGGAUUCGUCGGCAACGCUGCGCGGGUCCCCUCGGCGGUGGUGCUCUCCGCCUUUGAGAACAAGAGCGUCGUCAUGGGCAAGCCGAUGCCGCUCAUCGUCGCAGAGUCGCUCACCGCCCUCGUCGGGGGCGACCGGCUCGCGCCCCUCAAGAUCAUGGGCAUCCUCUUGCGGCGCGGCUUUGGGCUGCUCCCGCCAUCCUUGCCGGCGUAG